UGAAAUAAUUACCAUUGGAUUCCUGGCUGUGGCUGGAGCUCUUCCCUACACCUGCUCUUCAACACUGAUGACAAGUUCUACCUUUACAAAGAAAAAGGUUAUAAUACUUCUCAGAAAGAACAUUUACUCCAGUUGUCAAGAAAUGAAACUUGAAUUAUGCAAAGUGUGGAGCAAACAUUCAGUGGAGAGGGCUAUAAAAAUCGUAGUGGUUGGAGAUGGAGCCGUGGGCAAAACAAGUCUGGUGAUGAGCUAUACGCAAAAUACUUUUCCAACUGCCUACGCCCCUACGAUAUUUGAUAACUUCAUUGCUAACGUACUGAUCAAUGGAGAACCAUUCAAAAUAAACUUGUUUGACACUGCUGGUCAUGAGAACUUCGACCGGAUAAGGCCACUGACAUACCCAGACACUGAUGUUGUUCUCGUAUGCUUCUCUGUGAAUAAUAUGAAUUCCUUCCAGAACGUUAAAAAUGUGUGGAUUCCCGAAGUGAAGAAGUACUGUCCCGACACCCCUUACGUGCUGGUCGGGACGAAAACGGACCUCCGGAGGAGCGCUCGCUACUCUGAAGACGAUCUGGGUUUCAUCAGGUGUCUGGAUGGGCGAAGACUCAGCCGGGAGGUGAAGGCAGUAGCUUACAUGGAGUGCUCCGCUCUGACAAGAGAAGGACUAAAGAAUAUCUUCGACGAGGCCAUCUUGACUUCAGUGACGGCCGAGGAGACGCAGGGUUGCGGAUGCACCAUCUUGUAGCAUGUCCUACGAGAGACGUAGUCGCCAUAACAAAGUGCUCAAUGAUGAAGAAAAUGUUCCCAAAUUUCAUUCUACAAAAUCUAAUGACUCUAUAGUAUUGAUAAGAUGAUUAAAAACAUCUUGAACGACUUGAGUAAGGCUCGCAGUCUGUACCAAACGGAUCUCAGCCUGCUCUUUUGAGUAUCUAUUUUAAUCAACAAAAAUUACGCCUGUUGAAUGGUUCGCCUGGUCGUGUUUGGAUUAUUUGGUAAGGGGUUGUUAAGUGUUUUUUUUUUUUCGUUGCUUAUUGGAUUGUUGCUGAUCAGAAUCUGAGCUAUUUCCAGUCUGGUUAGCCGAGGAAGGUUAGGGUUUAAUAUAAGUUUGUUUUGGCGGAUAUGAAUAAUAAAGUUCUCACUCAAGAAUAUUCAUUGUGAAACUACAUUCCUUUUAUGCGACCUAUAUCAGUAAAGCUUUGCCAAUACUGUUAUGAUAUUCAAUGAGGAGUGAAUUAUUGCGUUAUCAUUUUCAGUUGGUUACAGAAUAAUACCAUCGAAUGUUUAAAGGCUAAUAAAUUUUUUGAAACUUCUUUUUUUUAAAAUACUAAGUGUAAAAGGGUAUUUUUCUGAUAAGACCCCCUCCGAUUUAAUUUUUUUUCUCUGACGAUAUUUUCUUAAAUAUGAAUUCAUAUGAUAAUCAGUAGUUAAGCUACGUAUACUUUAAGCUAUGGCAAUUGGUCAUUUUGUAUUUUACGAAAUUACUGAAAAGAUUUGUUGCGUAAUCUACGUGAUUUUGUAACACUUGAAGAAAAGACGUUGCUUUGAAUUAAAGCUGAUUCUGGUUUUGGCAGAUUUUCGAUUUGAUACACUAUCCCGAAACCGAAUUAUAAAAACAUAAUGAUUUUAAAGACGAUAACACUUUGCGUUACUCGUCUGUCUUUCCACAUAAUGUCUUAACUAUCAUUAGUUCCUACACGAUAUACAAACGCCCGAUCCCUUACACUAGAAAGUAUAUUUCCUAAUGUAAAGGACCUCAGGUUUGUAUAUUUAGGAAACAUACAAUUUACUUUCAAAUAUUGUCAUUUGUUCCUACACGAUAUACAAGCCCUCUGUCGUUUACAUUAGGAAUUACUUUAUAAUGUAAAGGGCCUCAGGUUUGUAUAGUUAGGAAAAAUACAAUUUACUUAAAAAAAAUGUUUUUUAAAAAUUUUAUUUUAACUUUAAUCCUUAUAGUUUUAACCCCCAAAAUGCUAAAUUAUUUCUACAAAAUCGCUGUCAUUGU